AGGUUUUCUUGGCCACACUUGCCGAAACCAAGCGAGAGCUUCGAGAGCUAAGCGAGAGAGAAGAACAGCGCCGCCGCCAUGGUGAAGUUUUUGAAGCCAAACAAGGCCGUGAUCCUCCUCCAGGGCCGCUACGCCGGGCGCAAGGGCGUCAUCGUCAAGGCCUUCGACGACGGCACUCGCGACCGCGCCUACGGCCACUGCCUGGUCGCCGGAAUCAAGAAGUACCCGAGCAAGGUGAUCCGCAAGGACUCGGCCAAGAAGACCGCCAAGAAGUCGAGGGUGAAGCCCUUCGUCAAGCUCGUCAACUACCAGCAUCUGAUGCCCACGCGCUACACCCUCGACGUGGAUCUCAAGGAGGUCGUCACCCCCGACGUGCUCUCCAGCAAGGACAAGAAGGUCACGGCUUUGAAGGAGACCAAGAAGAGGUUUGAGGAGAGGUUCAAGACCGGAAAGAACAGGUGGUUCUUCACCAAGCUCAGGUUCUGAGCAGAACGGCGUCGUCUCUCUGGAAAAUGGUUUAUGGCUUUUUCUUCCAGUUGAUUUUGGUAUUUACUGUUUUUGAAAUAGAACCUGUGUGGAAGACUAUUAUUAUGAUGGGGUUUCUAAACAAUGUUUAGUUUAAUUUAGUUUUGUUCGCACUUUAAAUAUUCUAUAUUUCGGCACAUCUGAUUUUGUUUAAUUUAAUUGCGGUUCUAGAUU